CUUGUUUCCUUUAUCAGGAAGUGACACUCAGACAGGCGUUGCAACUGAGAGCUGUAAUGGCGCAGAAAGGAGUUCAGCUCGACCAAGAAACCUUCUGUUGUUCAAUCUGUUUGGAUCUACUGAAGGAUCCGGUGGCUAUUCCCUGUGGACACAGCUACUGUAUGAGCUGUAUUAAAGGAUUCUGGGAUGGAGAGGAUCAGAGGAAGAUGUACAGCUGCCCUCAGUGCAGACAGACAUUCACACCGAGGCCUGUCUUGGGGAAAAACACCAUUUUAGCAACUUUAGUGGAGCAGCUGAAGAAGACCGGACUCCAAGCUGCUCCUGCUGAUCACUGCUAUGCUGGACCUGAAGAUGUGGCCUGUGAUGUCUGCACUGGGAGGAAGCUGAAAGCCUUCAAGUCCUGUCUGCAGUGCCUCAUCUCUUACUGUGAGAAUCACCUUCAGCCUCAUUACACUGUUGGUCAAUUUAAAAAACACAAGCUGGUUGAGCCCUCGGAGAAGCUCCAGGAGAACAUCUGCUCUCGUCAUGAUGAGGUGAUGAAGAUGUUCUGUCGUACUGAUCAGCAGAGUAUCUGUUAUCUCUGCUCUGUGGAUGAACAUAAAGGCCACGACACAGUCUCAGCUGCAGCAGAAAGGACUGAGAGGCAGAGAGAGCUCAAGGUGAGUCAACAGAACAUUCAGCAGAGAAUCCAGGACAGAGAGAAAGAUGUGAAGCUGCUUCAACAGGAGGUAGCGGCCGUCAGUCACUCUGCUGAUAAAGCAGUGGAGGACAGUGAGAAGAUCUUCACUGAGCUGAUCCGUCUCCUCCAGAAAAGAAGCUCUGAUGUGAAGCAGCAGAUCAGAUCCCAGCAGGAAACUGAAGUGAGUCGAGUCAAAGAGCUUCAGGAGAAGCUGCAGCAGGAGAUCACUGAGCUGAAGAGGAAAGACGCUGAACUGAAGCAGCUCUCACACACAGAGGAUCACAACCAGUUUCUACACAACUACCCCUCAGUGUCACAACUCAGUGAACCUACAGACUCAUCCAGCAUCAAUAUCCGUCCUCUGAGAUUCUUUGAGGAUGUGACAGCAGCUGUUUCACAGCUCAAAGAUAAACUACAGGACAUCCUGAGGGACGAAUGGACAAACAUCUCACUGACAAGGACUGAAAUGGAUGUUUUACUGCCACAACCAGAGCCCAAGACCAAAGCUGAGUUCUUAAAAUAUUCAUGUGAAAUCACUCUGGAUCCAAACACAGCACACAAAAAAGUGUUAUUAUCUGAGGGGAACAGAAGAGCAACAUACACGAGUCAACAACAGGCUUACUCUCGUCACACAGACAGAUUCACUGUAUGGCAUCAGGUCCUGAGUAGAGAGAGUCUGACUGGACGUUGUUACUGGGAGGUGGACUGGAGAGGGAGAGCAGUCAGUGUAGCAGUCGCAUACAAGAAUAUCAGCAGAUCAGGGAUCUCAGAUGAAUGUGCAUUUGGAUUAAAUGACAAAUCUUGGAUGUUAAUCUGUCGCACGACUAGUUAUGAAUUAUAUUUCAACAACAUCUCAACUCCUAUCUCAGGUCCUGUUUCCUCCAGAGUCGGAGUGUACCUGGAUCACAGAGCAGGUAUUCUGUCCUUCUACAGCGUCUCUGAAACCAUGACUCUCCUCCACAGAGUCCAGACCACAUUCACUCAGCCUCUCUAUGCUGGACUCUGUCUUUAUGAUGAUGGAGUCACAGCUGAGUUUUGUAAACUCAAAUAGACAAAAGUAAUUCCAGACUUCAUGUGUCAGAUUCUGUGUUUUCGAUUUUUCAUGUUUUUGUCUUCUGAACUGCACAGAGUUCAGCUGUCACACUAAUAGUGAUUGUCAACACUUUUUUAACAUCAUGUAUGUGUUGUUUAUAUUUUAAUGUGCUUCAAUAUAUGUCAAUUUUUCAUUUGUGUUUUUAUCCAUGCAGGAUAUCAUUAAUUUUCAUAGACCAAAUAAUACCAACAAAACAAUCACAAACAGGCAACAAACUCAGAAAUAUAUGUUAAAUAAGUAAUGAAAAUGAAAUGAAAAGUAAAUAAGAGAAAUCAGUGGAGAAAUAGGGGCAAUAAUUAAAUAGGUGUA